CCGCUUGUUGGGAUUUUGAAAACUAUGGUUUCAUAUAGGAUUUAGUUGACUUGUCUGAUCGUAUCUAAUUGCAAUGGCUGAGAGGAACAAUGCUUUGUCCGUAGGGAUUAUUGCCAGGAAAUCUUUGUUUUGGCUGCUUAUUAUUGCAUCAAUCCUAUUUAUGUUAUCUUGGUUCUUUGUGUUGCGUUCCACGGGUCGUCCCAAGUUUAUAGACCCUGGUUUGCUUCCCAAUUCAAAGUUUCCAUUUCUAAUAGACAACUGGUAUUUUGCGUUGCAUAGUCAAAAUGAUGUCCAGCCCGAAAACCGAUCGGUCCUCGCGGAUAAGGAAGGAGAAGAAGAAGAAGAAGAAGACUCUUCUUUUUUCCAAGCUAACAAGCAUGGCAUGACAUGUCAGACCAAUAUCAACAAUGUGGUCCUUAAGGCUUUCAUGUAUGAUUUGGCUCCUGAGUUUCAUUUUGGGCUCUUGGGUUGGGAGCCACAAGGCAAUAGUGUGUGGCCAGAUCUUCAGACCAAAGUUCCUGAUUAUCCUGGUGGGUUGAAUUUGCAACAUAGUAUAGAGUAUUGGCUGACUUUGGAUCUUCUUGCUUCGGAACUUCCAAACCCGCCAAACGCUCGAUCUGUUACGCGAGUGCGGAAUGCUAGUGAAGCCGACAUCAUAUUUGUGCCAUUCUUUUCCUCCUUGAGCUAUAAUCGGUUUUCGAAGAGGGAUCCGAAUCAAAAGAGGAGCAAUAACAAGGUGCUUCAAGAGAAGUUGGUUAGGUACCUGACGGCUCAAAAGGAAUGGAAGACGUCUGGAGGAAGAGACCACUUAAUUGUGGCUCACCAUCCCAAUAGUAUGUUGGAUGCAAGGAUGAAACUGUGGCCUGCAACAUUUAUACUUGCUGACUUUGGGAGGUAUCCUCCCAAUAUCGCGAAUGUGGAGAAAGAUGUGAUUGCGCCUUACAAACAUGUGACCAAGACAUUUGUGAAUGACUCAUCUGGUUUCGAUAGCCGUCCGACGUUGCUCUACUUCCAAGGAGCAAUAUACAGAAAGGAUGGUGGCUAUGUUAGACAAGAGUUAUUUUAUCUUCUAAAAGACGAAAAAGACGUGCAUUUUGCAUUUGGGAGUGUUCAAAAAGAUGGAAUCCACAAGGCUACCCAAGGGAUGCACUCCUCUAAGUUUUGCCUCAACAUAGCGGGUGAUACUCCGUCAUCAAACCGCCUCUUCGAUGCCAUUGCCAGUCACUGCGUCCCUGUUAUCAUCAGCGAUGAUAUCGAACUCCCAUACGAGGAUGUCCUAGACUACUCUGAAUUCUGCAUAUUUGUCCGCACAAGGGAUGCUCUUAAAGAGAAAUUUCUCAUAAACCUCGUCAAGAGUAUUGGGAGGGACGAGUGGACACGAAUGUGGCAGAAGUUGAAAGAGGUCGAGAGUUUCUACGAGUUUCAGUACCCGUCAGAGGAAGGUGAUGCUGUGCAGAUGAUAUGGCAAGCCGUUGCUCGCAAGGUCCCUGCUGUUAGAAUGAAAAUACACAAGUCUAGACGAUUUUAUCAUUCUCUUGACCCUAAGGAAAGGGAGUUUAGAUCUUUGCCAUCACCAAGAAACUUUUGGUAAUAAAGGGAAAUUGGCAUUCUUUUGUUGGCUCUUAUGUUAAGUAGAGCACUUGACACGAACCAAUGCAAUAGAUUCCUAGCUGCUUCAGAAAGGUGAGAACUGUGAAGCAUGUUAGCUUUAAUCCAUAAAUAUGGUUUUAACACCGUACCCACUGAAUUAAUGAGAAAAUAAAC